AUGUUUACCCCUUUUUGGUUCCCGCUCGUUCAUCUCUCUCACGAAGCCAGCGACAAAAGAGCAGCGAAGCAGCUCUCAGAUGGAAUCAAAUUUUUAAGGGUUUUAAGUUUCUCUACCAUGGGCUUGGAUGCAAGGGUUUUUGAGCUAAGCAACAAAUACAAAACUCACCGAGCAUGGGCUAUAUCUAUGCACACUUUUUCUGAUCUAUCACGUGUUUCUCCACUGGUGUUUUUAUACCUCUUGAGAGAAUGUUAUGCUUAUGGUACAUGCAAAGCAACCAGAAAGUUUCGUUCUCUUCAACAACAAAUCCAUCAAGUUUUAUAUAAUGCUCCCCAACCUGGACCAGCCGUUUUUGUUGCUCGCUGCCUCUACAUCUUGCCUAUAUUUGAAUCAUAUUGCGAAGGCUUCAGUCACUUAAUCCUGUCUGCUCUUUGUCGUUUUCUGAAAAGGGGAACCACCCCGGAAGAAGACUUGUUUGAAGCAAAAAUCCUUGCUGUUCAAUUAUUUCUUGGUAUUGUUGGGGGCAGUAUACUUCAUGAUGAGAGGAUUCUUAUUAAGAUACUUGAAGUUUUUGAUGUCGGUUUGGUCAACAUUGAGAAAGUUAUGUGCAAUUCAGAUGUGAAGAAUGGCAACAUUGAGAAAGUUAUGUGCAAUUCAGAUGUGAAGAAUAGCAGUAGUUUAGACGCAUCAAAAGCAUUCAUUGAGCAAUAUAUUUUUGUGUUGUUGGAAUCCCAGUCAUAUAUGACAGCAGUCACGCUGUUAGAACACUUCUCUAUACGCGAGUCUGGGGAGUCUUUUCUGCUUAUAAUGAUGGAAAGCAAACAAUACAGAGCAGCAGAAAAGUGGGCGACGUUUAUGGGGAGGCCAAUAUUGUGUGUCCUUGUCCAGGAAUACAUUGAUAGGAAUCUGUUAAAACAUGCUUACGAGAUUAUAAAGAAAAACAAUCUUCGGAAGGAAUUUCCAGAAGUAUAUCAUAAGGGUAAAGAAAGCUCAUUAAAGAAGCUUGCUGAAAAGGGAUGCUGGGGUGUUGCAGAGGCUAGGACGAACAGUGAUAGACAGCUUCUUGAAUAUUUGGUGGGCAUAUUUCUCUAUGAACAACUAUUAACCUUUUUUCAUUUUUUUGUUUAUUUGGAGUAUGCUUUUUAUAUUCUUAUGCUCUCCCCUUGGAGAUUUGCUGAUCAAGUUUUCGGCGUUAAUGAAAUUCUCCUAUUUCUCAAUUCUCUUUUAAAUCUUGAUUUAGUUUGA